GGGUGUCGAUGGUGUGGCGCAAUCCCAGACUGUCGACGCUCACAACAGUCACUUCAACUAUGUUCAUGGCAAUGGCCGCCAAGUAAACAAUGAGAUCCAUGGAAAUCAAAUAAAUAACAUAAACCAAUACCAUCAAGACUUAGCUAACGCACGCGAAAAUCUCGCGGAGUGGCUAUCUCCUCUCAACUUCCCUCAACGGCAGAGCAAUGUCAAUGAAAUUCGACAAGAGGGAACAGGAAAUUGGGUGCUCGAUGACGAGAGGUUCAAGGAAUGGAAAACAGGAGAUGUGAAAACACUUUGGUGCCCUGGGAUUCCUGGAGCUGGGAAGACCGUUCUUGCUUCUUACAUCAUCGAUCAUCUGGCCAAGCAACACAAUCGCGAUAAUGAUAAUGUCGCAGUGCUCUAUUUCUAUUGCAAUCACAAAGACCAAUCAACACAGACAGUCUAUAAUCUUGUGGCAAGCCUCUUGAAGCAACUCGUUCAAGAUUUCACCCCUACCUUCGAGCGCGUCAAAACUGAAUACAAGUCUCAUUGAGUAAAGAAAGUCAGACCAACUCUAUCCGAGGUUUGCAAUACGUUAAAGAAGGAAUUCUUCGAGUUCUCUCGAGUUUUCAUCGUUGUCGACGCUUUGGACGAGGUAUCCGAGGACGACAGUCGUGCUGAGCUUCUCACUAGUCUCCAAGCAAUUGGAGCCAGCUUAUUGGUAACCUCUCGUGACAUUCCAAUUAUCGGAGCAGCUCUUCGUGGCAACCAACGUAUGGAUAUCCGUGCACGUCAUGACGACAUAUGCAAAUAUAUCGAAGGCCGUAUUCGUUCAGGGAGCCACCUUACACAGUUGAGCAGACUCCUGGAUAAACAUGCACAUGUAAAACAAAAAGUUCUUGAGUGUCUUCCAGAAAAAGCGCAGGGGAU